CAUCAUUUGUUUGUAUGUAGUUGUUUUAAAACUGAAGAUGGCACUAAAGAGCCAUUCCAAGAAACAUUUAACCAAAUUGUUGGAGCAUCUAGAGGAGUCACAUAGUCAGCUGCAACAGCUUUUGUGUGAUUUUGUCACACAGAUUUUGACAAAUACAAAAAAUUGGAUGGCUAACCCUGAUAAUAAUAUGACCUUCAAGGAAGCUGUUGCAAAGGUAACAGCAGCCAACACCACAUUGCUUGAGUAUAUAGAGAGGAUACCUGAUGAUCCCAGAUUGAGUCCAGAGUUAAAGCUAUCAGAAAGUGAGAAUGUACCACCACCAAGCUGCCCCCAUGACUCUUGUGCCGCCGUAUCAGGCGAUAUUUUAGCUAAUGUCUUGAUGAAGUUGGAGAUGGUUGAAACAACCCUUUCCAGCCUUCGAAACACGCAGAGAAUAGAAGCAAUAGAACAAACGAUGAGCACACAACAGGAAAAUGUAUCCACUUGGCAAUGUGAUAUUGAAGAAUGGUUAAAAACCCUGUCCAAAACACAAACACAGCAUUUUCAAAUGCUUCAGACUCAGCUGAAUGAGCGAGAUAGGAACAGUAAUAAAGUAAACAAAGAUAUUGUGUCUUUAAAGGAAAAUCAAAUAAAUGUAAACAAUGAGAUAGAAAAGCUGUCAUUAAAAGUGCAGGAAAACGAAAACAAGUUUCAGAAAAUGUGUGAGGAUUUGCAAAUUCAAUCCGACAGUAAUAACAAUAUGAAACUAGAGAUCAAGAGACAUUCUGAUGUAAUAUUUAACAUGGGAAUAAAUGCAAAGGCUAAUUCACUUCUAAGGAGCAAUAUUCAGAACUUAUCCUCAAAGUACAGUAUGAUAUGCAAUAUCGUACAACAAAGGUUGAUGCCUAUUGACCAGUUGAUGCAAAUGUUGAAUCAGAUUUCCACAACAAGCAGACAGAAAUGGACAAAGGUUGAAUCUAUUGAAAAAGAUAUUGUUAAUAUGUCAAUGGAAAUAAGAAGCAUUGGUGUCUUGUCUUCAGCAUUGGGUUUCAUCGCACUUGGUUCAGAAACAGAUAAGUCAACUUCAUUGUUGCAGUUCCACGUUGUGUGGUCUAACAUUGGAAAACAUUUUAAUCCAAAAACAGGGAGAUUUACCGCUCCAUGCGAUGGUAUUUACAUAGCACAUCUCGCGGUCAGACAGGCUAGUGACAAGUCUAUCAAAAUGUUACUGGAGUGCCAACACAAACAAGGAACUGAAAACAUUGGAAAUGUAAAUGCCACACCGGAACACAAACAGGCCUCUUGUUCGCCUGUGUUUGCCAUGGAGCGUGGGGAUGUGUUGUGUUUUUUAUCUUUAGAAUCUGAAGAGUACAUUGGAGAGUGUAAAUUCUCAUGCUUUCUCCUUAAAAUUAAUUAAUUUUAAAAUUAAAUGAUUGAUAUCUUCAUAUCUUCUGCUGUCAAUUGUGUUUUUUGACGUUAUUUUGUUAUUAGGUAACCUACAAAAUAAAACGUGGCAAUAGAUUUGAAAGUUACCCUGGUUUUUUUCUUCUCAAUUUGGUGUGUAUGGACUCCUGUGAGUUAACCUAGCUCAAAUAGGUACCAAACAUAAUAAGCUGAUCUUUAUAAGCUCUUGAAUUUUUAAAUGUAAUAAAACAUGGAUUUGUAAGUUUGUAACUCAUUAACUCAUCAGCUUGUGUGAUAUAAACAAUAUUUGUAUUUACAAAACAGAUAAAUCUGUAUGUUAAUUUCAAAGUGACUUGUAU